AUGAUGCUCCGACGCGCCUUCUCAUCGUACUCGACAGCGCGAGCUGUCGCCGCCGCGCCGCGCGCCACUACGACAGCUACAGCUACGGCUGCGAAGCCCGUCGCUCGCGCAACCCCUGCUCGGACAACAGCGACAAAGACAGCUGCAGCGCGGACCGCGACGCCGACAGCAGUCAAGGCGACAACAACGCGGGCGAAGCCGCGACUGCUGCAGGAGGACGCCGACUUCCCGAUGCCGCAGGAUGUGGAGAUUGCGAAGCCGCCCGGACUCGUGGGCGAUGCGGCGCCGCGGGAUGCGGCCGCGUCGGAGCCCUACUCCUCUGUGGCCGAGGAGGUGCCGACGAGCAGUUUCGCAGCGUACGUCAACUACGACUCGGGUUCGUCGUCACUCGCCCCCCUCGCCGAGGAUGUGGACUGGACAACGAGCUACCGCGGUCUCUCGACCCGGCCCUUCACCCCCGAAGCGGCUGCCGCCCUCCUCCGUCCGCUCUCGAGCGAGGACGUCGAGAUCAAACCUGACGGACUCCUCUACCUCCCCGAAAUCAAGUACAGGCGGACGCUGAACAUGGCCUUUGGCCCGGGAGGGUGGGGCAUGGUGCCCCGGUCCGAGGUGGAGGUCGGGCCGCGCAUCGUCUCGCGCGAGUGGGCCCUGGUGUGUCUGGGCCGGCUCGUCGCCGUCGCGCGCGGCGAGCAGGAAUACUUUGACCCCUCUGGCGUGCCGACAGCGAUUGAGGCGAGCAAGUCGAACGCCCUGAUGCGCUGCUGCAAGGACCUCGGAGUCGCUAGCGAACUCUGGGACCCACGGUUUAUCCGCAAGUUCAAGGCGGAGCACUGCGUUGAGGCCAUGGUGGAGCAUCAGAGGGAUAAGAAGAAGAGAAAGCUGUGGAGGAGGAAGGACGCAAAGUUUGAGUACCCAUACAAGGAGGUUGGAAAGCUCUAG